AUGCUCCCCACACUCCUUACCGUCUUUCGUCGCGACUGCAAUGGCGACGAAACCAUGUCCAGCUGCACAAAGCCCACCAGCUCAGCAAUAACCGUUGGCAUUCCCGCCGCGAUAUCAGGGGUUCUCCUUAUAGUCGCCAUUAUCGUCCUGGUAGUCCUAUACCACAAGCGCAUACGUCGCGAUGACCGCGAAGACCUAGAAGAUCGCCAGCGCAGCUCUGGCUUCUAUGCUCGCUACGCAACACAGCGAUUUGGCACGGAGGGAGGACCACCACCAUCGAAAGGAGGUGCCUAUGCUUCUGAGUCGCGGCGCAGCUCUGCCGAUUCAAUCUUUGAUUUCAAGCAGGAUCACGGCCCCUAUCACCUUGCUCAUGCGGGGUUUGAUCUGCUUCUUGCUGUUCCUGCGGGUCAGGACGGUUUCUUCGAUUUUCGGCGCUUCUUCUUAUGGGCGAACCUGCUUGUUUCCAAGGUUCUUUUGUCCAAUGUAUGUAAUUUUAUGACUUUCGAGCGAUCUGAAGCCAUAACGUAA